UUGUCAGUUCAUCGAGCUCUCUGGAGAAGAAAGACCAACAGAGAUUACUUUAUUCAGUAUUUAUCCAUUUAAUCUCAUAUUUAUCGUUCAUUUUUUGAAGAUGGAAAACUGUGGAAGCAUGUUGAAGAGCGCGCUGGUCGUCAUCGUCCUGGUGGCUAUGUUUCAGUCGGGAUCGGCAGCAGAGAAGCUGGCAUCCUGCUGUAAGAAAGUCACCAACCAGGAGAUAACCGAGCCAAUCUUAGGAUACUUGGUGCAGCGAGCUGACCCUCCAUGUGUCCAAGCUGUCAUCUUUCAAACAAACUCAGGUCUUUUCUGCAGUUAUCUGAAAGCUCCCUGGGUUCGCCGCAAGGUUGCUGCAUUUGAGAAAGCAAAAGCUCAGGCCGCCACUUCACCUGUGGCCCCCUCGACGCCUGUCUCCCUCCUGUCCAUCAUCACAUCCACUGCCUCCCCUUCUUCAUCCUCCACUCCUCCUUCCUCCUCCUCUCUCCCUCUUUCCCCCUCCUCUUUCCCCCUUUCCUCAACCCUUCCUGCCUCCUCCUCCUUUCGCCUUCUUUCCUCCUCCUCUGUUCCUGCUUCAUCCUCCUCUCUCCCAGCUUCCUCCUCUUCUCUCCCUGCUUCCUCCUCCACUGUCCCUCUUUCCUCCUCCUCUCUUCCCUCUUCCCCCUCCACGUCCGAGAUGCCUGCUGGUGAAACCUUUUUGACGGCGGGUAGCAGCGUCUCCGCCUCCAACCAAUGAAGACUGAAUUUGUCAAGACGUUCGCAAUUACGGCCUCAACACUGAUGCAAACCAAUAUUUGAAAUAGCACUUGAAGAACAGAACUAUGUUAAAUUAUUAUUAUGUUGAAUAUUUAGUUUCUUUCAAUGCCGUUAGGAGUGAAAUUAUUUAUUAGUUUAAUUUAAUUGACCAGCGCUGAUAGAAUUAUUCAUGUAUUUAUUACCAAGAGUAUUUAUCAAUGUUUACAAGUUACUGUGUCAUGAUUAUAGUAACAAAAAUAUGUUUUGAGCUAUUUAUUUGUUAACUUGUGAAGUUGUGAAACCAUGAAAACAUGAAAUUGGUCAGAAAUAAAUGUUGCACAC